AUGGAGGAUGAUUUCUUUAUUAACACAUCUCAACCAUCUCCACCAUUCUCAUCUUUCGGUGCAAGUUACAUUCGUAAUUGGCAGGUGGAAGGAGCAUGUGCUCAACUAAAUUUAUCAAAAAUUCAAUUUAACGAAUUCAAAGAACAUGCCGAUGAUUGUAUAAAACCUCCAAAUAGCUCAAUCGGUAAAUGCGCACCCCCUAAAUUUAGGUAUAGAUAUCUAAAAGAAAGUAUCGUUUUAUAUCUUUUAUAUAAUGGGCAACUUUUUAUACCGUUGGAAGCUUUAAGUGGCAUUAAAAAAGUAAAAAGCAGGGAAAUAAAAUUGAUUUUGAAAGAAGGUGAAAAAGAUUUAAUCGAAUAUAAGUUAAAUAAUAGUUAUAGUAAUGGCAAGAAACUUGUGAUUCGAGAGAAUUUACGAGAAGCACUAUUUAUAUUUUUGAGGUUUCAUAAAGAUGUCUCCACAAAAGAGGUUGAUAUAGUAGGUUUACAUAUUGAUUACCUUAUUAACAAAAAAAAUAACUCGAGAACUCCGGAAGGUGAAAUCGUACAACGUUCAAGUUGGGGAAGCAAUUGGGGAUUGUUCAACAAUGAAAGGAAUGAAAGCUUCAUUCAAUCCAAUGAUGAAAUGGUAAUCAAAUUUCAUAUUAAUGAUGAAAUUCGAAUUUUUCUUUUUGAUGGUCAUUCACAAUAUCAAGAAAUCAAGGAACAUAUUGAAAAGAUUUUCUGUUUGGAAACCAUCAAGAAAUUGAAAUAUAAAGAUGAUGAUGGGGAAUUUAUUAUAAUGUCUAGUCAAGAAGAAUUUUACACAGCUUUUUCUUUGUAUUCAAAGAGCAUUAUACUGAAGCUAAAUUCAAUGAGACGGCAUUUAAUAACUCAUGAUAAAUCUUCCGAGGGUAAAAGCGGAAUAACUUUCGAUGUGCACUCGGAAUCGUAUUCUGUUGACGGCUGUCUCGAGGAAGAACAGCAGGAGUUAACAACAUUUCGGCCGAAGACUAAUGUGGAACAACCAUUUAAGUAUUAUCUAUGCUUUGAUGUUGAAGCAACUUGUGUAAAAGGCGGAGGGUUUAAUUAUAUGAAUGAAAUAAUAGAAUUCCCAAUUCUUUUGCUUGAUAGCAAAUCAUUUGACAUUGUUGAUAUAUUUCAUUCAUACGUAAAGCCAAGUAAAAAUUCGAUAUUGUCGGAUUUCUGUAGAGAGUUGACCGGAAUAUCUCAGUCAACGAUAGAUGCUAGUCCAUUGUUUCCUGAGAUGUUGGAUAAAUUCCAAGAAUUUAUGCACCGGCAUAAACUCUUUUACGAAAACUCCUGUGCUUUUAUCACAGAUGGUCCAUGGGACAUACGUGAUUUUAUCACAAAACAAUGUUCAAUUUCUAAAAUUCCUAGGCCUUCAUAUUUUUCUCUUCCUUGGGUAGACAUUCGAUCACUUUAUUCAGAAUAUUAUAAUUGUGGAAAGUGUAAUAUAAUUCGUAUGCUAGAAAUUUAUGGUCUAAAAUUUGAAGGACGUGAACAUUCAGGAAUUGAUGAUGCAAAAAAUUUAGUUAGAAUUGCUAAGAAAAUGUGGGAAGAUGGUGCAAUUUUUGAAACUAAUCGUUGUUUACAAGCUUCUAUUCAUAGAUCAAGAAGGCAUAAAAGAGGAAGGGGAUGUAAAAAAGUCAUAUAA